UUGACGACUUUUGUUUCCAAAUCACCCCUUGAACUUUCUUUUUUUCCUUUCUUGGUAAACGUCUGAUCGUUGGUUUACAUUGAACAUUUUAUGCUAAGUUUAAUUCUGCAGAGCUGUGUUUUUAGAAGAGUAAAGUUUAUUUUGAAACCGAAUUUAAAUUUUUGUUCAGUUGUAACGCUUACACGUGGAGUACGAACAUCAAUGGCUGCUCAAGAGAACAUAAUUGAUGAAUACAGAAAGAAGGCAAAGUUAUCGGAGGAUGAAAUUGUAAAUUUAAAAAGGAAAAUGGAAAACUUGAAAGAAACCAUUGCUGAAAAAGAAGAUAAAGAAUUGACAAAGUUAAAAACAGAGAACUCAAAAUUGAAAUAUCAAAUUGGUCAUUUAGAAAAGAGUAUUUCAAAUGAGACAAGUCAAUCGAGCAAAUACACAGCAAAUCUUCUUGGUGAACUCAAGAAUAUCUUCACAUCAGCGAUAUCUCAUUCAUUUCCAGAUGUUGAUACUGUGGCUGCUCUAAGUAAAUCAACUUCUGAAAAGUUUGGUGACUAUCAAUGUAACAAUGCUAUGGCCAUAUCACAGGUUUUAAAAUCACAAGGUCAAUCAGCAGUUCCUAGAAAUAUUGCAGAGCUGAUUCUGAAGAAUCUCCCAGAAAAUGACAUCAUUGAUAAGGUCGAGGUUGCUGGUCCAGGUUUUAUCAAUAUUCACGUGAAAACAUCGUAUGUCUCUUCCUUUGUUGACAAUGUUUUGAAAAACGGAGUUAAACCUCCUGGUGUUGGUGGAAAAAAGAGAGUUGUGAUCGACUUUUCAUCUCCAAAUAUUGCUAAAGAAAUGCACGUCGGACAUUUACGUUCCACGAUCAUUGGCGAGAGUUUAAGCCGGCUGUUAGAAUAUGUCGGAUAUGAUGUUUUGAGAUUAAAUCACGUUGGUGAUUGGGGCACGCAGUUUGGCAUGCUUAUUGCACAUUUACAAGAUGAAUUUCCCAACUACUUGAAAGAAUCACCACCAAUUCAAGAUUUGCAGGCGUUUUAUAAGGCUUCUAAAACACGAUUUGAUAACGACGAGGUGUUUAAGAAACGUGCCUACGAGCGUGUUGUUUUGUUACAAAAUGGAGAUCCUGAUGUUAGAAAAGCCUGGAUGAUGAUAUGUGAUGUCUCAAGAAAAGAGUUUGCUAAAAUCUACGAAAAACUUGGUGUAACAUUGAUAGAACGCGGGGAAUCGUUUUAUCAGGAACUAAUGGCGCUCGUAGUUGAAGACUUGGAAAAACGAGAAAUGAUUCGAGAAGAAGAAGGACGUAAACUUGUUUUCCCUGCCGAUGGCAAACUUCCACUAACAGUCGUUAAAUCAGAUGGCGGUUUUACCUACGACACUUCAGAUUUGGCAGCCAUAAAACAACGACUUUUUGACGAGAAAGGAGACUGGUUGAUUUAUGUGGUUGAUGCUGGACAGGGGGUUCAUUUCCAGUCAAUAUUUUCUGUCGCUCGUGAAGCAGGAUGGUAUAAUCCGCAGAAUACCAGAGUUGAUCAUGUGGGAUUUGGUGUUGUUCUCGGAGAAGACAAGAAGAAAUUCAAGACCCGAUCUGGUGAUACGGUUCGUUUGGGUGAUCUGUUAGAUGAAGGUUUGAAACGUGCUUUGGAAAAAUUGAAAGAAAAAGAAAGAGAAAAGGUUCUCACGAAAGAAGAAUUAAAUGCUGCUCAGUCUUCUGUGGCGUAUGGCUGUGUCAAAUAUGCUGAUCUUUCCCAUAACAGAGUUAAUGACUAUGUCUUUUCUUUCGAUAAGAUGUUGGAUGACAAAGGAAACACAGCUGUUUACCUUUUGUAUGCUUUCACAAGAAUAAGAUCCAUUCAAAGAACGGCGAAUAUAGAGAGAGAGAAACUUGCAGAGCUUGCUGCCAAUACGUCCAUUCAACUUCUUCAUCCUAAAGAAUUAAAGUUGGCAAAAUGUCUCGUUCGUUUCCCCGAAAUUAUCCUGCGGCUUCUCGAUGACUUAUAUUUACAUUUACUUUGUGAAUAUUUAUACGAGUUGGCUACGACUUUGACCGAGUUUUACGAUGCUUGUUACUGCGUGGAAAAAGACAGAACCACAGGAGAGAUUGUGACAGUUGAUAUUAACAGGCUUUUAUUACUAGAGGCCACAGCACGAGUCAUGGAAAAAGCAUUCUACAUUCUAGGAAUUGAUCCUGUUUCUAAGAUGUAACCAAAAGAAUUUUAGAAGAAUAUUAAAUAUAGUUACUGUUAUGUGCUAUAUGCGACCGAUCAUAUGCAACUAAUGCAAGUUAGUUCUGUCUUUUUGCGCAAUAAAUACAUUGGUAUCUCAGUG